CAGCCGUCGGCCGCCACCCUUUCUUCUCCCAUUUCCCAGGCUCAGGCUCAGGCUCAGGCUCUCCCUCUCUCUCGCACAGCUAGCGGCACAGGCACAUUCCCCUGGCCGGCCGGACCCGCGCACGGCCGCAUAGAGCAGCUAGCUACGAGUAGAUAGCUCUCCAGCAGCCCCGUAGCUUAGGUCGCCUCGUUUUCGUAGGGACUCCUGGUCCGGCCGUUGGUCGAUAAGUUGGCGGGCGGGCGGGCGGGGCGCGCGAUGGGGGAAGCGCCGCAGCCCAAGUCGCCGCCGAGGUACCCGGACCUGUGCGGCCGCCGCCGGCUGCAGCUCGAGGUGCAGAUCCUCAACCGGGAGGUCGGCUUCCUCGAGCAAGAGAUACGUGGACUCGAGCGGAUUCAGCCCGUCUCGCGAUGUUGCAAAGAUGUCAACGAGUUUGUCAGUGCAAAGACCGAUCCAAUGAUACCAGUAAGUAAAAGGAAACAUGGAUCUUGCAGCUUCUCCCGGUGGAUCAGAUCAAAAUUGCGCACAUGCUUUUCAUGCCUGUGCUGCUUCAGCUGCUCUUGCUGCACCUGCCGCGCCACGCAGUGCUGUACUCCGCCGACCUGCAGCUGUCCAAAGACCCCUUCGUGCAGCAGCUGCUGCUGCAGCCCCGGCUGGUGCUCCUGCAGCCUUCCCAGCUGCAGCUGCACAGGCUGUGGCCAUUGCCGGACCCAGUGCGGCAACUGCUGUCCUAGUGGUUGCAGCUGCGCGGACUGCCCGUGCUCCUGCUCCUGUCCCUCGUGCGUCAGCUGCUGCCCCGGCUGCUUCUCCUGCGCGGGGUGCUCGGCCGGCUGCCUCGGCGCCCUCAACCGGUGUCUCAGCUGCGUGUCGUCGUGCUGCAGCGGGAUGCGACCUUCCUGCUGCAAGUGCCAGUCGUCGUGCUGCGAGGCAGGGUCGUCGUCGUCGUCCUGCCGCGGCACCGGCACGGGAGCGUGCUGCCGCGGCUCGUGCCUCGGUGCUCCGGCGGCGACGCCGUCGUGCCCGGAGUGCUCCUGCGGCUGCGUGUGCUCCUGCUCCAGGUGCAAAGGAGGAUGCUGCCACUGCCCGUCCUGUGGUAAUAAUCCCUGCUGUGCCGGUGGAUGCUUAUGCUAGAUUAGAGUAGUACUAGUAUAUUAGCUAGUGUGUCAGUUACUCUUCUUUUUCUGUGCUGGAUGAUUUGUGGCGUGUGAUAUGGAUGGAACUUCGCUAGCGUAUGGUAUUCACUGUCAAGAAUUAACUUGGGAGCCAGAUGUUGAUAUAAAAUUACAGCUAAAAAAAA